AUCAGCGUGCACUAAAGACGCGUGCGCAAUUGAAUUCUUCAGCUCAAACUGUCAAUUUAUUGAUGGUUUUUAAAAGGCCUUAUUAUUUUUUAUAACUUAUUUUUGAUGGAUCGUUAAUUUAUGCAACCAACUUUUAAAAGAACCAUACGUUGAAAUUAUUCAAAGACAAUGUGACAUGGUGUUAAAUUAAACUGUCAAAGUGGAUUUAUUGUGUUAAAUAAACAAGAAGUGGUAAAUUUUAAAUAUUUAUUUUCCAAAGUGUAAAUGAUUCUUUUUACCGGCUCAUUUCUACUUAGUUUGUUUUAUUUUUAUGAUGUUAAGGAGCUUUUUACAUUUAGGAAGGUUAGGUGGCCUCAGAGCUAGCCAAACUAUAAAAAAUUCAAUAUCCCUACAAGUAACUCACAGAAAUAAUCAAUAUUUACUAUAUAGCACGUCUAAAUCACAAAAUGUCUACUUGGUGUAUGAAGAGAAUGAUUAUGAAAAUAAGGUAGACAAUGUGAAUAAAUUCACAAACCGUACUUAUACUUGUGGUGAAUUACGGUCUGAAAAUAUAGGCGAAAAUGUAAAUUUAUGUGGUUGGCUGGAAUAUCAACGAAUGAACAAAUUUAUCGUACUUAGAGACAGUUAUGGUGAAACCCAGCUAAUUCUUAAAAAUGAUGAUGAUAAAUCACAAAAAUUGCUGUCUGAAAUACCUUUAGAAUCUAUUAUUCAAAUACAAGGUACAGUAUUAUCACGUCCAAAAGAUAUGUUUAAUAAGAAGCAAGUAACUGGAGAAGUUGAAGUUAGAGUGGAAAAUUUAAAAGUAUUAAAUAAAGCAAGGGAUACUUUGCCUUUUAAUAUCAGGGAGUUUCAAAAGGCCAAGGAAUCUUUGAGGAUGCAGUAUAGGUAUUUGGAUUUGAGGUUCCCUCAAAUGCAGAGGAAUUUAAGGGUGAGAUCUGAAAUGCUUAUGAAAAUGAGGGAGUUUUUGGUGAAUAACCAUUUUGUUGAUGUUGAGACUCCCACAUUGUUUAAAGCCACUCCAGGGGGUGCUCAAGAAUUUGUAGUGCCAACUAAAUUUCCUGGACAAUUUUAUUCUUUAGUCCAAAGUCCUCAACAAUUUAAACAAAUGCUUAUGGCUGGAGCUCUAGAUAGAUAUUUUCAAAUUGCUAGAUGCUAUAGGGAUGAAGGAAGCCGCCCAGAUCGCCAGCCGGAGUUUACUCAGCUCGACAUAGAGCUCUCUUUUACCGACCUAGAGGGCGUUCUCAAAAUGAUAGAAGAGUUGCUUUGCUAUUCUUGGCCUACUUUUCACAGUCCUUUGCCUAAUAAAUUUAGUAGGAUGUGUUUUAAGGACGCCAUGGAAAAUUAUGGGACUGACCAACCUGAUGUCAGAUUCGAGUAUAAGUUACAAAAUUGUACAGAUAUAAUCAAACUAAACGAAAGCAUAGUAAACAAAACUAAGGACUUUGGCGCAUACUAUCUACAAUUUCCUAAAGAAUAUGCAAACUUGAGUAAAUCAGUAAAAGAUAGUAUGAGCCAAUUGGCUAAAAAAUAUCCAAACGUGAAAUUAAUACAAAACAAAAUAUCAAAUCCUAAAGACUGGUCUUCUAAGGUGACAAAACUGUUGAGUGAUAAAGUAGCUAAUAGGUUUAUUGAGGAAUGCAAAUUAAAGGAGGAUUCUAUUUUGUUUAUGGCUUACGGCGAUAAAAAAGAAGUGUUGGGUUUGUUAGGUAAAGUAAGAUUGGAAUAUGUAAACUUCUUGGAGAAUCUUGGAGUCACCAUAAGAAAAAAAGGGUACCACUUUUUGUGGGUCGUUGAUUUCCCACUCUUUGAAAUUGACGAUGACGGUAAUUUAGGAUCACCACACCACCCUUUCACAUCACCACACCCUGAUGACGUCCAUUUACUUGAAACUAACCCCCUAAAGGUUAGGGCUCUAUCCUAUGACUUAGUCCUCAACGGCAACGAAGUAGGCGGGGGCUCAAUACGUAUCCACGACCCCCUCCUCCAAGAAACCCUCCUAAAAAUGCUAAAAAUCGACAAAACGUCCCUACAGCAUAUCCUUGACAUGCUGGCCUCUGGAUGCCCCCCGCAUGGCGGUAUAGCCCUGGGUCUAGAUAGACUUUUAAGUUUCGUACUUAGCACUACUAGCAUACGCGAUGUGAUUGCUUUCCCUAAGACUUUUGAAGGGAGAGAUCCUGUUAGUGGCGCUCCUUCGACUUUAUCAGAAAAGGAUCAAAAACUAUAUCAUAUACAAAGUUUAAAUGUUGAUAAGAGUUAAGUUUGUAUGUUUUUUGAUAUUAUAAGGCUUGUUGAGUUUU